AGGGGAAGCAACUCAUAUUAUGUCAACUCCGGACAUUUCUCAUAUUUCAAGCGACGAUUUUAGUCACAUUUACGAACCAGCCGAAGAUUCCUUUCUGUUUUUGGAUGCAAUAGAAAAUGAACUACCUACCCUGAAAACAUUACGGCCACAGAUAUGUCUGGAGAUUGGAGCUGGGUCUGGUAUAGUUUCAACAUUCUUGGCAAAAGAGAUAGGAUUUCCUAUAUUCUGCAUAUGCACUGAUAUAAAUCCCCGAGCUGUGUCAAUAACCAAGACAACAGGACUGAAGAAUAAUGUCAGUUUAGAGCCAAUCCGAACAGAUCUGGUAAGCGGUUUAGCUGAGAGACUAAGGAAGCGGGCCGAUGUUUUACUAUUCAAUCCACCAUAUGUCGUUACUCCAAGUCAAGAGGUAGGCAGUAAUGGUAUUGAGGCGUCAUGGGCAGGUGGGGAAGAUGGACGGGAGGUUAUAAACAGAGUUCUCCCCCUUGUUCCACAGUUACUGUCAGACACAGGCAUUUUCUAUAUGGUUGUUAUUAAGGAAAACAAACCAGAGGAGAUUGGAUCCAUACUGGGGACUGCAGGUUUAACAAUGACUACAGUACUGUCUAGGAGGAGUGGACCAGAAUUCUUGUCGGUGCUAAAAUUUACACGAUAGCAAUAUGGGUAUCAGGGUAAUAAGAUAGGAAAGUGGUGGUAAAGCCUCUAAAGCAAAUGAGCAAAGAGGAGACAGCUCAAUAUUAUGAACAUGACAUAAUGUCAGCAGAGACAAGAGAUAUCUGCCACCAGCAAGAUGUGAUAUCCAUAAAAACAAGAUAGCUCUGUAUCUCUAACAAGACAUAAUGUCAGCAAGAAGAAGAUAGCUCAGUAUCACUGACAAGACAUAAUGUCAGCAAAAACAAGAUUGCUCUCUAUCUCUAACAAGACAUAAUGUCAGCAAAAAGAAGAUAGCUCUGUAUCACUGACAAGACAUAACAAGAUGUCUCUGUAUGUAUCUCUAACAAGACAUAAUGUCAGCAAAAACAAGAUAGCUCUGUAUCACUGACAAGACAUGAUAAUGUCAGCAAAAUAGCUGUGUAUCACUAAUAAGACAGAGAGUUGGCUAAACAAGAUAGCUCUGUAUCUUAGACAAGACAUAAUGUCAGCAAAAACAAGACAGCUAUAUAUAAUCAACAAGGCAUUGAAUCAACAAAAACGAUAGUUCAGUGCUACCAAUAUGACAUAUAUAUAUAUUUAUGGCAUGUGAGAUCAAAUAUGUUAUCGGGGUAUUAUACAAAACAUCUGCUAGAAUAAUAUAAAAAUGUGAUAGCGUAAUGUCAGAUUUAGAAAAAUUACUGGUCAAAAUUAUUAGAUAUAAACCACGGACAACUUUGGAGCCUUUGGGAAUGCUGCUUUUGUCUCAAAUAGUCAAAAUUUAAAGAAAUGGCUGAAAUGUACUAUGAAAAAUACCCCAUCAAAAUCAGUUUUGACAAUAAGUUCAAAUUUGUCAAGAUACAUGUAUUUUGAAAAUUAAAAAAGAGACUUUAUGUUACCACCAUUAGAGUUCUUUAAAAUGAUUUAUAAUAUCAAUGAAAUUAUCUCGUAUUUACAGAGAAAUUUAAGAAAAGCCUAGUUAUAGAAAAUAUGGAUUGUACAGUAGAGUUAUAUUAUCAGAUUCAUUAAAGAACAAUUUGUCACAUGUUUUGAUGACUUCCCAUAUAGCUUCUGUCAGAGCAGGAUUUAAUUUUGUACAACAGCUGUGACUGAAUAAAACUGUAUAAUCAAGUCAUGAAUCUAUUUCUUGGUGAAGAAAAAAAACAAAUAUCUUUUUAACCUUUACCCUGCUAAAUUUCUAAAAUGGACUGAUCAGUCAUUCAAUUUUGGCAAUACCAUUUAUUAUUGGAAGGGGUGUUCACUGAAAAUUUGCUGACUGAAUAGCAACCACUGAUGAACCACUUGGCCUAUCUUUACCCUUACCCUGCUAAAUUUCUUUGAUGAACUUUUCCAUCUUUCUUUUGGGACUGUACCAUUCACUGUUAAAAGGGGUGUAUACCAAAAAGAUACUGACUAAAUAGCGACCAGUGCAGACCUUGAUCAGCCUGCACAGAUGUGCAUGCUAAUCUUGGUCUGCACUGGUCGUAAAGGCAGAAUAACUUGCCGCCAGCAGGCUAAAGGUUGCAGAAGGUAAUUUAAAGAUUGCUUUGCUUGUAAUUUAUCAUGAAUCAAAAUAAAGCUUUACAAAAAU